UGAUCAAGCGCAUCGGAAGCCUGUAGUGGGCUUCAAAACACGUCAAAAAGAUCCAUGAUGUAAACAGAAAAUGAAAGGAAAAGGCAAGGGCAUAAUAGACAAAGAUUGCCCUCUACAGUUCCCUGAUCUACAGCCAGUAGACCAUGCUACAGAAUGUCCCAAAUAUACCGCUGUUCUGACACGGUCUGAAGAUGAGGGGAUUGGUCUCGAGGAACUGGAGGUCAUACAGAGUGACCUAGAAACUCUGCUGGCAUCUGCGGGACUGAGACUUAAACAACUGGAACAUGAAAAGCAGAUCCUGGUAAACUGCCAAGAUAAAAAGGACAGUAAAGGGCUCACCCCAUGGAAGGUGCAACCAGAAACACCUACUCCCGGGAAAAGGGGAAAAGUUGUUGAGGAAAAGCCUAGCAAGAAGUUCAAGAGUGCAACAGAGACCUCUGGGAAGGGAGCUAUUCACCAGACACCUACUGGACCAGGGCGACCAAAGUCUAAAAUCAAUCAGACAAAAGGAGAAUUGGAUGGCUCAGCAGAUUCUCCUAUCGACUUGCCAAAAUUACCGAAGAAUGAUGCGGUGAACCGUUUCUGGGUGUCGGUGGAGCCCUACUGUGCCGACAUCACUGCAGAAGAUAUCAAAGUUCUUGAAGACCUCCUCAUCAGUCAUGAAGAUGAUGCUGAUUAUUUUAAAGUGCCUGCCCUCGGUAAACACUUCACUGAUAGAUGGGCAGAGGAAGACCUCUUAGAGGAACAGAGAGAUGGGGCCAAGAUAAACGACCGGCGACGUGGUACGAAUAACAACCACAGUGGCUGUUCGGAUGUCACAACAUUGUUGAAGAAAGCAGAGCAGAGUAAUGUGGACGAAUCUCCGUUUGGGCCCCUUACCCAGCGGCUGGUGUCUGCUCUCAUUGAGGAAAACAUCAUGACACCUAUGGAUGAUGCCAUGGCAGAACUAGGUGGAGAAUCUGCUGAUGAAGCUCCAGCCAUAUCUCCAAGAGCUUUAGCCAAACAGUUAAAUAUUGGUAAUCCUAUACACCUGGAAAAACGCAUUAAACGGGAGUUGGAAGAACAAGGAAUAUUGGACAUGGAGGAUAAGGUGGAAGACAAUCCUGAUGACGAGAUACUAACAGAAUUACGCCAGAAACAACAGGAACUCAAGGCAAUCAGUCAACACAACAUCGUAGUCACAAAAAAUAUUCUGGAGCGUGCCAAGGAGGAGAUGAAGAAGCAGGAGAUUAGGAAGAAACUGGCUGCAGCUGAUGCUGAGGUAUUGGAUGCCUACAGGAAAAUUCAGGCAGCUCGCCAGAAGAAGAAAACACCAACAAAGAAGGAAAAAGAUGCUGCAUGGAAAGCACUCAAAGAAAGAGACUCUUUGGUGAAAGUUUUAGCUUCAAAAAAUAAAUGAUUUAGCAAAUCAUUUGUAAAUUUGAGAUCAGUAUAUAUUAUUGGACACCUACAGGAUAAUUCAGGCAGGCCACCAGGAAUAGAAUUUGGGAACAGAAAAUAAAACAAAUGCUGCCUGAUAUGCACUAAAAAUUCUACACUUUAGUGAAAUGUGAACAUUUUGGGGUUCAACAAAUUGUUUAUAGAUACAAGUAUUUUCACUCAUGUGAUUUAGAUUCCUGUUCAAUCAGGUGUUUGUUUGUAGCUGAGUACAGGUGACAAAAUGGAAGGAGAAAAAAUUGUCAAAAGUUGUCAUAUACUUUUUUCAUUUCCAGUUUGCUUGAUUUUCAUCAUACAAUUUGUACUGUUUCAUUCAUUCAUUCAUUCAUUCUUUCAUUCAUUCAUUCAUUCAUUUGUUCAUUCAUUCAUUCAUUCAUUCAUUCAUUCAUUCAAGUUAAAUUUCAUUGAGGUUUUAGAAAUCAUUUAAUCACUCAACAAUUGUUGAUAUUUAUUUUCAUUACAAUAUCUUCUUAUGGCAAGUAAAUACAUUGAUAAUCUUGAAAAACUUUCCUCCCAACAGAAAAACUUUAACAAAAAUCAGUUAUUAGAUGUUGCUGUUUGGGAUUAAUAUUAGCCUUGCUGCAACAAAGGAGCAAAAAUGUGUUUUCAUUUCAACACUCUUGCUUUUAUGCGAGUAAAGGAUACAUUCACCUGCAUCCUGUUUUUGAAUUUUGAUGAUAAAAUCUUUCCUAUGUUUUGUUGUAUGUUGUACACAUUUUGACGUUGAUCACAGCAUAUUUCAACAGAGGCAGCAGCACUUUUCAGCAUUUGCUUUUUCAGUGUUCGAUGUGUGGUCGUUGCUUUCUUUCAUUGCCUGUCUAUGGGAAAUGUUAUAGAUAUUCUUUUUUUAAAUCAAUUGUGUAAACAUAAUGAUCAGCAAAAAUAACCAAUAAUGUUAGGUUAUAAUUAAAUUCCUAUUUUAUUGGUUUAAAGAUUUACUGGAAAAUUAAGUGUCUCAAUAAAAGAUUUGAAUUAUUAAAUGAAGUAUUUCCUGUAAAAUGUCAAUAUUCUGUCUUGGUUAUGCAAAGUUAUCUGCUUUUCUAGGGGAGGUGUUGACUGUUGAUUUAUGUGUUGUCUUGGGAAUAAUGUCAUGAAAAUCUGAGAGAAAAUGAUGCAGUUAUCUCACACAAACUAAUGAAGUAAUAAUCAAUACCUUCUAAUAAGAGCAGAUAACUCUGCAUUACAAAAGAUAAAAUGAAUUUGUCAGAGUUUAUACUUUGAAGAUACGUGAUUGAUAUUUGAUGUUUUUCAUUCUCCUUUUGUUAAGGCAGAGAUGUGGUAUUUCUCCCUGUGAAUUUAUCCGUUCUCAUUAGCAAAGUACAGAAGACAAUUUAUACUUUCCUAAAGGAAAAAUUUAGAAUAUUGUUCUUAGGUAUCAAAUGUCUUAAUUAAUCUGUCAGGAUGUUAUUAGAGAAUGAGUAUUUGAGAUUUAACAGCAAAUUACUGUAAAAUCAUUCCUUUUCGGUGGAGAUAUAUUUCCAUUAUUUCCUGGGAAUCCAAAUCCAUAAGUUUAUAGGUCCAUGAAAUAAUAACAAGAUAAAGUUGACAUUUAUCAGAGUACUAGUGAUUUAUCCAGGAAAUAAAAUGCUAAUGAAAUGUGCCACGGAAAUAUAUGAUUUUACAAUUACUUCCCAUUUUUCAUAGUAUAUUGUACAUGUACAUGUAUGUUCUUGUUGGAUGAAAUGUUCUUGUAUCAGAUAUGUGUCAUUACUUUGUCAUCUUCAGAUAUUGUGGUCACUGGAAAUAAAGAUGUUAAAUGUAA